UGUUGUUUAGUAAAAAAAAGAAAGGAAAAGGAUAAAUUAUGAGAUGCGAAAUAUUCGAUUGGUCGAUUUGUCGGAGCAAAUAAAUGGAAUGUGGAACCCGCCAAUAGUAACUGCUGUCUACGUAUGCGUCUCUACGAUAUGAAACCCGCUGUUAACCAGUCCCCCCGGUUUCGGUGGCUGGUUUUCCGUUAACUGGACCAACAAUAAGACCAUCAUCUCAUGGAACGGAAAAGGUCGCGGUGUAUACGAACUAUUCAAAAAUCCACCAAUGACGUACGCCCAAGAGGCGUCACCGCCGUAAACACAGUUGUUUACAAUGUUUACAUCAUUGUUCGUUCUGAUAAUCUAUCCGGUUAAAAUUCCCUCGUUUUCAUAUUUCUGUUGUCAUCUUCUUGUUACAAGAUUUUACAGUUUCGUUUUUAAUUUUUCCUUAACAGUAAGACGUCAUUUGACUUACGAGGACGAGAAAUAACAGGUUGUCAUGUUGACUAGAAGAUCAAGAAAAGAAGCUGUUGCUUCACCAGAUGAAUCAUCUAAUUCUAUAACUAAAUCUAAAAAAUCAACCACACCAACUCGUCGUAAAAGUAAAUCAGUGGAAAGAAAAUUAAGAUCCCGGUCCAGAUCGUCCAAAAGAAUUGUUCCAAAAAUAGUGCUUAAACGUUUUGAUGAUACUAUGGAAAUUUCUAAAAAUGCCAAAAGUAAAAAGAAACCUACACCUGUUGAUUCAAAGAUAAGGAAGAGUGUGACUCCUGUUAAAGAAAACAAUGUUAGAAGUAGUCCUUUUGUAGAUAAAUCAAAUCAUGAGGUAUCAGCAGCAUCAAUUUCUUCUAGAUUGACUUAUGAUAAAGAUGAUGUUGAUGAGGUUAAUGAGGGUGCCGAUUAUGAAUUAAUUAAUGAUAUGAAACUCCAAAAAAUAGAAAAAGAAUUUAAGAGAUCUUUUGGCAAUCUCAUAUUGUCUUUAUUGUCACCAAUUUUGGUUAUUCUCGCCAUAAUUGGUCUAAAAGCGAAAGGAAAUUUAAUACCAUUUCCUCGAGGAUAUUUACGAGUUGCAAAUUAUUAUGAUCAAGAUGUGUUUAUUUGGACUUUUGCUUCUUUGUUUUAUCAAUUUUUAAUCUCACUUAUACCAUUGGGAAAAAAAUUUGAUGAGUUUGAUAAUGAUGAUAAUGAUGUAAACGGUAAUGGUCACUACAGGUUCUCAGGAUUUUUCAAUUUGAUUAUUGCAUUAUUGACUGUUGUUGGUAUGAAUUAUUACCAAGUCCCAAUACAUUUAAUUCUAGAAAUGAUUGCUAAAAAAACAGUACCAUACGUUGUGGCAUCUGUCUUAUAUGCUUUUAUCCUAUCUUUAGUAAUGUUCAUUAAAGCAAAGUACAUUAAACUAAAAAUUAAAUAUUAUAUUACGAACAGUGUUCUAAGAUUUUUUAAUGGAACGACUAGUUAUUCUACAUUAGGACCAAUUAAUGUAAAAUUAGCACUGUACAAAUAUUCCUGGUUAUUAACGAUUUUAUUUAAUUCUCUUGUUAUUCUGGAUUCUUUCAAAAAUACUGCUAAUGUUGCUAAUGUUCAUCUGUAUUUUGUUGCUGGAUUGCAAAUUUUAUUUGCUAUUGACAAAUUAAUAUUUGAAUUUCAUUUAUCAAAAUCUUAUUAUUUAAAUAAAGAAAAAGAUGGAUAUUGGACUGUAAUUCAACAAUUUAUUCAACCAGCUAUUAAUUUCUUACCAAUUCAAGUUUUACUCUCUAAAAAUGUACCAGUUAAUUAUGUAAUUUUGAGUAUUUCUUCAAUUCUUUUUUUCCUUGGAUUUGUAUGUCAACGAUAUAGUGAUUUUAAAAAAUACCAAUUUUAUAGAUCUUUCAAUUAUCCUCAUAGACAUUCAGGUAUAACAAUUAUUGCUGAUGGCACUGGAUCAUUUAUAAGGUAUCCUAGCUUCUUAGGAACCAUCAUUGUUCAUUUAGCUUUAACCAUACCAAUAUUUGAACUAAAUCUUGGAAGUAUUCAAUCGACUUGGCCUGCACUUCUAUAUCCAUUAUAUUACUUUGUUACUUUGGCCUAUAAAUGUACCCGUAUGUCAACAUAUUGGCAAAUAGAAGUAGGCCAUUUUAUGUAUGAUGAGAGUUCAGCGAAAUGGAAUUUAAUACCAAAAAUAUUUUAAAUUUCUUAAAUUUUAGUAUUAUUAGU